UAUUUCAUACUAUUGAAAAGUUCACAUUGGUAAACGCGUUAAUGUUCCUGUACAGCAGCUCUCCAUUCUGUGACCAUAUCUCUAGACUGAUGUAGAUCAUUCUUUUCUUUUUCUAGAAAGAUACAAGGCAUUUUCUCCCUUCUUUAUUUUUUUAAAGAUUUAUUUAUUAUAUAUGAGUACACUGUAGCUGUCUUCAGACACACCAGAAGAGGGGGGUAAGAUACCAUAACAAAUGGUUGUGAGCCACCAUGUGGUUGCUGGGAAUUGAACUCAGGACCUCUGGAAGAGCAGUCUUAACCGCUGAGCCAUCUCUCCAGCCCCUCUCCCUUCUUUUUAACAUGCAGACUUCUGCUAUGAUUUAAUGUAGUCUACAGAACUGUUACAGUUGUUGAAAGGUUAGGGCAUCUAAAUCCCUUGUCUGUCUGCCUUUAAUGUUGUUAACUGACAGUCAGUUCAAGGAACCCAUAGGGCUCCUUGUCCAGCGGGCAGCAUGGAUUAGACCUGAGCCUCAGCUAGGGAUGUCUUCUCUUUACUUGAAAGAAGAGAGACUGAAUUAGAAGAAGCAAACAUUGGUGAGCCUGCUACAGAUAGUUUCUCUAGUUUGUGGAUCACAUAUGCUGUCCUUAACCUAGCUCAGGGUCAGCUGAGUACCACCCAGGGACCUCAUCUAACUGCCUCCCUAUAGCUUGCAGUCUGGAAAUUACUUUGUACAAUUAGAAAUUAUUGAAAAUUAUGCAAAAGAAUGUAAUAACAUGUGCAAAUUAUAUGAAAUUUAAAUUUCAUUGUUCAUAAAUAAAAUUUUAUUGAAACACCUGCAUGCUUACUUUACAUAUUUGUAACUUGUUUGUCCUACUGGCAAUCAACAUCUAUUGCAUACAUUAGGCAAGGGCUGUACAAUGAGCUGCAUUCACCCCCAGAUUGCUUAUUUUCCAUAGCUGCUUUUAUGGUACAGCAGCAGAGUUGGAUGUUAUGGUAGACACAAACCCACCUGACUUUAAGUAUUUACUAUCUCAGCCCUGUAGAAAAUAUUUGCUGACCUCUGACCUAGCUCUUAUAAGCCAUGAAGGCGCAGGGACUGGCAGCAGUGAUCAGGGAUCACAUUCCCCAGAAUUUUGUUAGAAAGGUAAGCAACAAUUCCUGCCUGGAUUUAGUGAUUCAGUUUAUCAAAAUGUUGAGCAUCAGGGUCUUCGGAAAACAAUGGGAGAAAGGGAGACUGCAAGCCUGGUCUCUCCACUUGGUUCCUUUUGGACCAAUCUGCUGGACUUGCCCAGCUGGAACAGAUGGUGAUCAAAACGGACUUGAUCACCCAUCUGUUGAAGUGUCCCUGGACGAAAACUCAGGAAUGUUAGUAGACGGGUUUGAAAGGACCUUUGAUGGGAAGCUCAAGUGUCGGUACUGCAACUAUGCUAGCAAAGGCACAGCCCGGCUCAUCGAGCACAUCAGGAUCCACACAGGUGAGAAGCCUCACAGGUGUCACUUAUGUCCAUUUGCAUCUGCUUACGAGCGCCACCUGGAGGCCCACAUGCGCUCUCACACUGGGGAAAAACCAUACAAAUGUGAAUUGUGUUCCUUCCGCUGCAGUGACCGAAGCAACCUGUCCCACCAUCGAAGGCGCAAACAUAAAAUGGUGCCAAUUAAAGGUACCAGAUCUUCCUUAAGCAGCAAGAAAAUGUGGGGGGUUUUACAAAAGAAAACAAGCAAUCUGGGUUAUAGCAGAAGAGCACUUAUCAACCUAAGUCCACCUUCCAUGGUGGUCCAGAAGCCAGACUACCUUAAUGAUUUUACCCAUGAAAUCCCAAAUAUUCAGACUGACUCCUAUGAAGCUAUGGCUAAAGCUACACCAACUGGUGGCCUGCCAAGGGACCCCCAAGAACUCAUGGUUGACAACCCUUUGAAUCAGCUCUCUACUUUAGCAGGACAGUUGUCCAGCUUGCCACCGGAAAACCAAAAUCCUGCCUCCCCUGACGUAGAUCCCUGUCCUGAUGAAAAGCCUUUCAUGAUUCAGCAGCCAUCUGCCCAAGCAGUCGUCUCCGCUGUGUCAGCAAGUAUUCCUCAGAGCUCCUCCCCCACAAGUCCAGAACCUCGGCCGUCGCAUAGUCAGAGGAACUACAGUCCAGUGGCCGGGCCUAGCAGUGAACCAAGUGCCCACACCAGUACUCCCAGCAUAGGAAACAGCCAGCCAAGCACUCCAGCUCCAACCCUGCCGGUCCAGGAUCCUCAACUUCUACACCACUGCCAGCACUGUGAUAUGUACUUUGCAGACAAUAUCCUUUACACUAUUCACAUGGGAUGCCAUGGGUAUGAGAAUCCUUUUCAGUGUAAUAUAUGUGGAUGCAAAUGUAAAAACAAGUAUGAUUUUGCCUGUCAUUUUGCAAGAGGGCAACAUAACCAGCACUGAACACAAUCAACAUUGUUCUCACUUGCUUUGGCCUUUUGGGAGUUUGUAGUUUGGUUUCUAGUUUGAUCAUCCCUAAUAAGGUAUAUGCUAAUUUAAAAUUUAUACAUUCUAUUCAUGAAAUAGAAGUUUGAUAGUGAAAAAAGGUUUUGUUCUCUUUUCAUAAAAGUCUGGUCAGGGUUAUUUAUGCAUUAGAUAGUUAGGUGCAUUGAUGUCUUUUUCAUUUAGACCUAUGAGAGUUGAAGUACAGUCAUAAUCAGCCUCCUACAUUUGUCCAUAAGGACUCCCAGGGUUGUCUGUACUCCUGAUGCUUCAGGAUACACAUUACAGCUAACAUUCUUUCUGCCAUAUGUCAAAAUGGCACAGUAAACUUCUCAUAAAAUCUUUAUAACAUUUCAUUGUUUAUAGACAAACUGCCUUUAAGUUUGCUCUUACUUAAAAUGCUAUUUUUAUUCACAUAAUUUAGGUUGAAUUAGUUUCAUUACAACCAAAACCAGUGGUUAUUUCAGUGUAAUAAACCUUUCUCUUCAAGAGAAAACAGUUCUUUUCAAUUUUAAAUUAUAAAAAAUGAAAGUCUUAGAAGUUGAAAUUUGGGGCUAAAUUGAAAAUUGUGUUUGGUAUUUGAGAUAUCUGUUCAUUUAAUGUGUAAACAUGUUAGUUUUUAGUUUUUCAUUUAUAUAUAUUUAUAUAUUUUGAGUAUUAUUUUAAAGCCACAAGUAAAUAUACUAGAGUGCUAGAUGCCUUUUUCAAUCUGAAUCUUUCAUUUAAAUUCUGCAUUCACCUAUUGCUGGUGUCAGGUAAGAUUGACACCCACACUGAUUAUUUUAUUCUUCCUAGUCUUUGAUGACCAAAGAGGAAGUAGAACUCAUCCAUCUUAUUAAGAUGCUUCAAAACAAUCUCCAAAGUUUCCUUUUCUGCCUUCUGUACAUUUAUUCCCCAUAAUUUUCAAGAAGGGUCAAUCUAGAAACCCAGAGAAAUGUAAUAGUGAGGAAACAGCCACAAAAUGGAGAGCAUGCCCAAACAGAGCUGGCUUUCCUCUGCAGAGCAGAGUAGAAUAGAGCAGGGCAGGGCAGGCCACAGAAGUCCUCCCUGUGAGUCUUCAUGGACAGAGACGGUGGGAUGGUCACCACAGCGGGAAAGGAUACAGAGUUAUUAUGAAGCACAUUCAAAUGUGACUUUUAACUUACUUAGAAUUAGAGUGGUUUGUUUUACAUAGGAAGCCAUUAUUUUUGUAUCGUGUAAUAAGUAGCUUACUCUGAAGAGAGCCUGGCAGAACAAUAAAACAUUGUCAUUUACUAUUGGUUUCUGUGUACUUUGCAAAUUUUUCAUUUUUAUUUGGUUAAUAUCUUGAAAAUAUUAAUUGGCUUCUUAAAAGAAAUACCCUGUUGAGCAUUUAUUAACCAAAAAUUACCUCUUACAGUAAAUAAGAGGGAAAUACUGAGAGUGUCUACCCAAGAAGCCCCAAGUGCCCUGUUGAUGGAUCUGUGCCCGCACCCCACCCCCUGUGCUAGAAAGCCAUUCCGAGGAUGCCUGUGCUUACAUAGCCAGCAUGGCUCAUCCCAGCUGCACUGUUGAAGCACAGCCCCAAAGACACUUUCUCUUGUGACCAUAACUUUCUGGUGAUUUUGCUCUGUUGUUUAAAUCAUUCACUAGGUUAGUUUCAGCACAACACUUUCCAAAUACAUGACUCGACUGUUGUGCGUAUCAGCUGUCAGAAAGAAACAGGUUGUUUGGAAACCUUGCUGUUUUUAAAGUUUGAUUCAACUAAAAGCAAUACUCCCAAACAGACAGUGAAAACUUCUGGAGGAAGGAGGGAGAACCCCAGUGCCCUGCUGUGCACCUUCAGUCCAAGCUGCUUGGGAAGCAGUGGCAGGAAGAGUGCUAGAGCCCAGGGGUUCCCUGCCAGGCCAGGCAACACUGCAAGACAGUCUCAAAGGCCAAACAGCCUGAAAGGGCUCUCCUCACAGCCAAUGUUAUUACCUGUAUAUACAUUCUGGGCCAAACAGUGACACGUGCAUUUUGUUUUUCCUAAGAACUAAAGAUGAAUGUUCUGAAGGUACAUUUCAUUUUAAAUAUGGAAAAGACUUUUCAUAAUUACAGACAAGAAGGAAAACAAUCCUAAUUUUCCAAUAACAUAAAGAGCACAGUUGGUCUUCCAAAACUGUCCAUGCGUGAAGCUACAAGUACUUCGAAAUGCACUAAAAUUUUGAAGCAAAUCUACCUUAGAAACUUUUUUGAAAUUGUACUUUUAAAGAUUUAGGAUUUUGCUUAAAUAUUCUGAGUUAAAUUCUGUACUAGGAAAGAUGUUGGAUUCUUUCCUUAAAUACUAAAUAUGUUCCUCAUUUUAUUUUUAACCAAAUGUUUUAUAGAAAUGAGUUGAGAAAAGUUUAACAUGCACUAUUUAUAGUACUUUGCCAUUAACAGGCAAUGUUCUGAAACUAAAUUUAUUUUUGUUCAGUGAACAUGAGUUUAGAUUUUUAAAGUUGGUAAUUUAUCUCCACUAAUAUUUUUUUAAAGAAACUGUGAAGAGAUUAACAGAAUAAUUUUAUUUCAGAUUUUACUAAUGUAGUGUGUAGCUACAACUUGACAUUCAAGUGAAGACUAGACUUCUGUUUUGAAAUUUUUCCAUCAGGUAGUUUCAUUGGUUUCAUUUUAGAAAUGUGUUUGCUGUUUAUCUGCAAAUGUUUAACAAAGGGAAUAUUACUUAAAAAGAAAAGAAAAAAAACUUACCAAAUGAAGAAUUGUUAGAAAAAUUUAAAUUCCCUGCUAAAGACAUUUUUGUUAGUCUUAGGGGGUAGGUAUUUGGUUUCUAGAACUUGUUUUUGUUGAUAGCUGGAUUUAUGGAACAUGUUUUCUAUGCGAGGUGUAAGUCUUGCAUUACAAUUGUAAGAUACAUUAUAUUGUUUAGGGAUCAAGAAAGCAGUCUAAUGCUGAAGUAACUAUAGUAUGUAGUUCCUAUUGUGAAUAAUGCUUUGCUUUUGUAAUGUAUGAAUAAAAAAUAACACUUUCUAAUGA